AUGGCUGCUUAUCUCGAGUGUAUGCAGGUUAUGUUUGAUAAUGUUUAUAAACUACAAGCUUCUACUCAUCCUAUUGAGUUGGAUCUUCUCAAGUCUCAGUUACAUACCUUUUCUCAGUGGAUUGAAGACCAGAAAUUGAAACUCUCGUUGGAACAAAUUCAUCAACACAAGGAAUCAACUGUCGAUGCAACCAACAAUCUGUCUCUUGAAUCGUCUUCUUCAUCUAAUCAAAUAGAACUGCAUCGACUUGAGCUUCUUAAACUUCCCAUUUAUUCUCCAAAUCGUCUUGCUACAAAAAAUACUAUUCUACAAUCCGAAACACUAUCAGGAGAAAUCGAAAUGCUACCAUUUAAAAGAAAUGUUCAGGCAGAUAAAGCUGAAUUGCUUGGUAGUGCUGCUCAGUCAAACCAUCUGCUUUCUACACCUUCAUCUUCUGGUGUAACCAGCAAAGCAUUGGCUUCGAUUAUUGAACGCAAUCGUAAACUACAAGAUGAUUUAUCCACAGAUCUCGCAUUUCAUGCCGAACAGCUUAAACUCAAUUCGCUUUUAUUUCAAAAUAAACUUGAAAUGGAUGCCAAGGUUUUAGAAGAGACUGAUGAGCAACUGGGUCACAACCUAAUAAGAUUGCAGCGUGAAAGAAAGAGUAUCAAAGCAUUCACAUCUAAAUCAUGGGGAACAACCUUUUUGAUAUGGGGCAGCAUUAUAGUCGUGAUACUGUUGGCCAUGUUUACAUUCAUGGUAAUGCAAGUUGCGCGUCCUGUUCGUAGAUACUCUCAUCGUACUACUACCAUCAAAACUACAUCCUCAACCACCACUAGCAUACACUCGAUACCACCCGAUUAUUAUUUUGAUUAA